AGCAAAUGUAGCCUAGCUAUUUGAUUUCAGCAACUCUUAUGAAAAUAUCAAUAGUAUAUAUAGACAUCAAAAGCUCAUACGAAAAUCCACAAACAACACAAAUACAAACCAUAAAAUCACAUCUUCUUUACAACAAUGCAGUACUACGAAAACCGUGAGAAAGACUACUACGAGGUGGCUCAAGGCCAACGCAAUGGUUAUGGCCAGAGCCAGAGCCACAACCACGAGGGAUAUGGCCAGAGCCAGAGCCGUGGGGGAUAUGGCCAGAUCCAUAACCGUGAGGGUUAUAACCAAAACCGUGAGGGAUAUAGCCAAAGCCAGAGUCGCCCAGUAUAUGGGCUUAGCCCGACUUUGAACCACCGUAGCCACGGUGGGUUUCUUGAUGGGCUCUUCAAGGGUCAAAAUGGCCAAAAGGGUCAGAGUGGGCUAGGCACGUUUCUAGGGCAACACAAGAGCCAAGAGGCUAAAAAGAGUCAAGGACAUGGGAAGCUCUUGGGGCAACAUGACCAGAAGAAAACUCAUGAGACAAACAGUGGUCUUAAUGGCCUUGGAAUGUUCAUUAACAAUGGUGAGAAGAAACAUAGGAGGAAAAGUGAGCACAAGAAGAAGAACAAGGAUGGGCAUGGCAGUGGUAAUGAGAGUGGAAGCAGCAGCGGUAGCGACAGCGACUGAAUAUCAUAUGCUUGCUCUGAAGAAAGUAACGCUUCUAAGAGUGACUAAAUUAAGUACUUGGAUGUAAUACUUAAAAUAAAAUCACUUAGGUGGUUGUCUUUGUGUGUCCUAUAUAACCUCGCUACUACAUGAAUCUACUUUUAUAGUUUUGUUGCAAACCCUACAAAACUACCAUCGUAUAUACGGUGGAGAAAAUCUGAACAAUCUCCGGUCAAAUUAACCAAAGGAGGGUUAAUGCCUUAUGUUACAAACUCACCAUAGUAUGUACAGUUUACGGCUGAAUGGCUUGCAUUAUGGGCCAUUAAAAACAAAGGAUAUAGCCUUAGCCUAACAAAAUCUAAAUUUUGCUUUUGAAUUUUAUAUUUUUAUUUCUGUUAUAAUUUUUUUCUUUUUUCUUAGAUUACUUUAGAUGAAACUUGUUUAGCUAGUUCAUUUCGUUGUUGCUGUUGAUAAUUCUGGCAGCAACAGUGUGCUAUGGAGUAUUAACACUUUCAAAUGCUUAGGAGGAAGAAAAAAACGAAUUUAAAUGAAAAUAUUAUAUUAUGUAUAGAGAGAUGGAAAUGUUGUGUUAUUUUCGUCUGUGACAUGUUUAGUUUAAAGGUCAAGAUUUGGUUUUAUUUUCUUAAGAU